AUGUCUACGUCAACUGUUCGGAUAUUCGAGGAACGGAUGGAUCCGGAUUUGCGCAAUCGAAAAAUACUUCAUGGUUAUAUGCCAUUAGCAGAUGCGAAAACAGUACUCACAAAGGAGGGUGAUUACUUACUUCGACUAAUGGGUUAUAAAGGUCAUCUCGUUUGUGUCCUCUCUGUUUACCACAAUGGUGAAGUAAUAACAGUAUGUAUUAAUCGCAUGAAUAAAUUGUAUUUCUUCAAUGAUGACUAUAAAGAUCAUAGUAUAGGUUCACUACUACAUUGGCAUCAAAAUACGAAGACGCCCGUGACACCGAAACAAAUUGUUUUGAAGAAUCCGAUUUUUCUUGCAUCUUGGAAUUUGAUGCCAUCUUGUAUUGUACGGUUGCUCAGAGAUAUUUCUGAAUGUUACCGGAUGAGAACUUAUGAAGUGCUUGUUUGUGUUGAAAAAGAAAAAAUUCAAGCUGCAGCCAUGCUGCUUACAAGUAAGCAGUUAGUAAUAGAAAGUAGGAAGCAAUUCUUGGCUGAAGCUCGCAUUCUGAAAAAAUUAUCACAUCCGAAUAUUUUACAGUUUUAUGGUGUUAUUAUUACAGCUCUUCCGUUUACAAUGAUUGUUGGACUUUGUCAAAUGAAAUUGCUAACAUUUUUACAAAAAAAAGAAGCUCGAAAAGACCAGAAAGCACGCUAUGCAGCCGAAGCAGCCGCUGCACUGAAAUAUCUCACUGAGAAAGGAUAUGUCCAUAAAGAUGUGAAAGCAGAGAACUGUCUAAUCGAUAGAAAUAUGAAGUUGAAAUUGGCUAAUUUUUGCUAUGCUGGAUCAGACCGGUGCCCACUAUUUAUUCAUAAGGAACCUUUGGAGAGUAUUUCUGUAGGGUGGUUGGCUCCAGAAACUAUGUUGAGACACGACUUUUCUAAGGAGACCGACGUCUGGGCUUUUGGCGUCCUUAUGUGGGAAAUUUAUGAAGACGGCGAUAUACCUUAUCGAGGUCUAUCAAACUUGGAAAUCCGGUCGUUUGUUAUCCACAGUCAAAGACGCUUGCCACUUCCAAAGAAAGCGCCAAUGAAGGUGAAAAAAUUAAUGAUACGUUGCUGGGAAGAAAAUCCAUCUCGACGACCAACAUUUCAAGAACUUGAGUUCACACUGGGUAUCGUAAAGGAUGAGCAUUAA